AUGUCCAAGUUCUACGCGGUGCGCGUCGGACGUGUGCCGGGCGUGUACACGACAUGGGACGAGUGCAAGGCGCAAGUCGAGCGCUUCCAGGGAAGCGUCUACAAGUCGUUUCCGACACGUGAGCUGGCCGAGGCGUUUCGGCGGGGCGAGGACGUGCGGGCGCCGGCGGCGCGGAAGCGCGGUGCGGACGACGGCGGGGAGCGGGUUGCGAAGGCGCCCAAGGUCGUGUCCAUUAUCCCAUCCUUCCAGGGCGUCACGGUGUACACCGACGGGUCGGCUCGGGGGAAUGGGCGCACUGGCGCCAUUGCGGGGUACGGCGUGUACUGGGACGAUGCCAAGUACCACUCACUGAACCUCGCACGCCGCCUCGCGGGGCCGGUACAGACAAACAAUCGCGCGGAGCUCACGGCGAUCCUGCGGGCCGUGCAGGUGUGCCCCGAGCCGCUGAAGCCGCUGCGCAUCUUUACCGAUAGCCAAUACGCGAUCAAUGCGCUGACCAAGUGGCUGCCCGGCUGGCAGCGCAACGGGUGGCGCACCGCAAAGGGCGAGGACGUGCUGAACAAGGACCUGAUGGUCGCGCUGCAUAGUGCGUUUACCAAGCGGUCCGUCCGCCCGACGCUCGUCUAUGUCCGGGGCCACAUGGGCACACACGGCAACGAGAUGGCUGACCAACUCGCGAACCACGGCGCGACGCUUCCCGAGAUGGGGCUCGAGGAGGACGAGGCGGCGGUGCGCGAAAAGGUACAGCCCAAGGACGAGGCCGCAGAUUUCCCCUCGCCUGUUCCAUCGCGCACUGGAUAG